CGGGAGGUGGUCCGGGCCGGCGGCGGCCAUGGAGGCGGUGUCGGGGGUCCCCGGGAGGGCGGCCCCGGCCCCGGAGCUGGUGUACCGGCUGGCGGGGGCCCUGGGCGCGGAGCUGCAGGGGCUGGCGCGGCGGUUCGGGCCGGACGCGGCGGCGGGGCUGGUCCCGCACCUGGUGCUGGCCCUCGAGCUGCUGGAGGCCGCGGCCGGAUCCCGGGACGACCUCGCCGGCGGGCCCGGGCCGGAGGCCCCACGGGUGUCGGCGCUGCGGGCCGAAGUGUGGCGACUGCACGAGGAGAACGAAGCGCUGCGCGGCCAGCUGCGGGCCGGCCCGGAGGAGGAGAGGGCCCUCUUGCGGCGGAUGAAGGAGGUGACGGACCGCCAGCGGGACGAGCUGAGAGCGCAGAGCCGGGACCUGCGGCAGCAGAGCCGGGAGACGGAGGCGUUGCAGGAGCAGCUGCAGCGCCUCUUGCGGAUGAACGGAGAACUGCGGGUCAAGCUGGCGGCGGUGCAGGCCCAGCUGCGCAGCGCCCUCCAGCGGGCGGAGCGGGCGGAGCAGGAGGGGGCGGCCUCGGCCCCGGAGACCCGGGACACCCGGGAAACCCGGGACACCCGGCCGGAGGAAGCCUGUUCUGGGGUGGUGGGCACAGAGCCCCCCGCCCAAGGCGAAGCAGAGGAGCGAGGCGUGUUCAGCCGGGAGGAGCUGCGGCAGGUGGUGCAGGAACGCAACGAGCUCAAAGCCAACGUCUUCCUGCUGCGGGAGGAACUGGACUAUUACCAGCGGGAGCUGCUGGCUAAUCCUGCCAUCCCAGGGCUGCUCCUGGAAGCCAUGAAGCUGGCCGUGAAGAAGCAACGGAGGAAAAUCAAGGCCAAGAUGCUGGGGACCGUGGAGGAGCCGGGAAGCAGUGACGAUGAAGACGGGGUCUGGCUGCCACCACCCAGCGAAAGUGAGGAGGGUCCAGGGCCCCCCGAAUCCAGAAUCCGAAGCUUCUUUAGCCUGUGGUAUCGCGGCAGCUCAGAAUCAUCCUCAUCAGAGUGCCCAGCUGAGUGUGUCGUGGUCAAGCCCCCAGACGACAAGGUGCCGCCAUCACCUCCUGCCCCCUCUGGCACCUCCCCGAGCUCCGACCGGACUCCCGGUUCCCUACCCGCCCCCUGAGCCCAGGCCUGCCCCGACUCUUAUGGAGGGAAAGACCCCUGUGCUCUCCAAAGGCCUUCCCUCUGCUGCCGGGGAGCAGUAUUUCCUGACCCCAGCCUCGGCCCCACCCCUCCCCUCAGGAACAAUCUUGUCCUCGGGGGGAGGAGACGAAGGACAUCGGGGCAGCCUCAGCCUCCCACCUGGAUGGAGGUCAGCGGGCUGAGGAGCCGGCCCGUCUCAGUCCCCCGGGGACCCGGCUCGGGGAGCUAAUCGACAGCCGGCGCCGAACCCCCAAGGGCCGGAUCCUGGAUGGAGGGAGGACAAGAACCGGUCCCUGCCCGCAAGGCUUCCAGUGUAAAGAAGAAGCGUCACAGAUGUACGACGCUGCCACAGGGAGGGAUGGAGCUGCUGGCCGUUUGUGACCAUUUUGGCUUGAAACCCAGUUCCCUGCCCAGCCUGCUGUGCUAUCAGAUGAAGGGAGAUUAAAAAUUCCCAAGGGUGA